AUGCCAGUUGAACGACGUUCUCUGAGGUCCAACAGCAAGGGUGACACCUCAUCAUCAACCAACGGCGAAAAAGCUCGUGCUAAUUCCAACACCGCCUCGAGUAAAGAUAAAGCCGCGCCGACAACCCGCUCGGCGGCAAACAAGGCCAAAUCAGCUCCGGCGAAGAAGGCCGUCACAGGCAAGGGCGCCAGCAGCUCAAACACCACCAGCAACAACACCAUGAGUGGCGACCAGCCUCAGCGAAAUGGUACAGAGCCAGUAGAGAACGGUGCUAAUGGCAACGAAGACGUGGAGAUGGAAGAGGAUACGGCAGGUGGGCCUACACCGUCCAUCCCAACCAGCAGGGAACAACAUGGUGACCAGAUGACUGUUGUAGUGCCCCCAGCAAAGGGUGCCAGACUAUCUGGCCAGGACAAUAAGAAAGAGGAUGACGUCGUCAUGGAAGACUCAGACGAAAAAGCUACCGAAGAGCCUGAGAUUGAUCCCCGAGUGAAAGCUGUCCAAGAUAUCCAGAAUAAUUUCGGCCUUCUUGAGCGUGCCGUGACACACUUUGACGCCCGAUUUACCCUUCGAGUCCUACGGUCCAUAUCCUCCAUGCGCAAACACAUCACACCCGACGUCCUCGCUGAAGUUAUUGUCGAUACUUACUCUUCUUCUAGCCAAACUGCGGCCUUUCUUCUAGAACCUAUUGGCAAGUUGGAUGCUUUUGAGACUGUAGACAGCGAUCCGCCCAAAGGUCUCCGCGACCUGCCAGAAGUUGACACCUAUCUAUCGAUUCUUGUUCAGAUCUAUCUCUAUGACCAGAAGGAGAUACAGCGCGGCGCUGAGUUUUCUAGCAAAUUAGUUGAGCGAUUGCGGCUGCUCAACCGUCGUACUCUUGACUCUUUGACUGCACGUGUGUACUUUUAUUUCUCUCUGUUUUACGAGCAGUUGGCUCCCCUACCUCCUUCUCCCGCAGCUGCAGUCAUUUCGAUACGCAAGCCUUUGCUCGCUGCGCUCCGUACUGCUGUCCUUCGCAAGGAUGUCGACAUCCAGGCUACCGUUAUCACACUUCUGUUGCGCAACUACUUGUCCACUUCACACAUCACCCAGGCCGAUCUCUUGAUUGCCCACAACGAGUUCCCAGCCGCCGCGUCCAAUAACCAGAUUGCCCGAUAUCUGUACUACCUCGGUCGUAUCCGUGCUAUUCAGCUGCGGUACAGUGAAGCACACGAACACUUGACCGGGGCUACUCGCAAGUCGCCGACAAGCCACAGCGCGGGUGGAUUCUAUCAGGUGUCAAUGAAGCUUCUUGUUAUCGUGGAUCUGCUCAUGGGCGAUAUUCCUGACCGCUCUGUCUUCCGCCAGCCGUCUUUGGAGAAAGCUCUUCACCCAUACUUUCUCCUUGUGCGCGCUGUCAGCACAGGUGACCUUGAUGGAUUUUUGAAUAUCGUCAAUACUCACGGCGCCACCUUCCGGAAAGAUGGAACAUACACUCUGAUUUUGCGACUACGACAAAACGUCAUCAAGACUGGUAUCCGUGUCAUGUCAAUUGCAUACUCGAGGAUAUCGCUCCGAGAUAUCUGCCUCCGUCUUGGCUUGCACAGCGAAGAGUCUGCUGAAUAUAUUGUCGCUAAGGCUAUCCGGGAUGGUGUCAUUGACGCCACCUUGGAUCACGAGCAGGGAUACAUGAAGAGCAAGGAUGCUGGUGAUAUCUACUUGACGAGCGAGCCUGGUGAGGCGUUCCACGCUCGUAUUCAAGCUUGUUUGAGCCUCCACGAUGAGAGUGUCAAGGCCAUGCGCUUCCCCAUGAACCAACAUCGACUGGAGCUCAAGAACGCACAAGAGGCACGGGAACGUGAGCGAGAACUUGUCAAGGAAAUCCAAGACGGCGACAUGGAUGAAGACGAUGCGGGUGGAGACUUUGACGGAAUUUAA